AUGGAUUUUGGACCUAUCAGUCUAUGUACGGUGUUCAAUAAGCUUGUCACCAAGCUCUUGAACACCAGAUUGAGUUCACUACUGUCAUGCAUUCUUCUCCUCAACAGAGUGGUUUUAUCUCUGCUUGAUAUGGCUAAGGCAGACGAUCGCAUGGAUUGGGGAUUUAUAAAUGCUAUACUUGUGGCAUUUGGAUUUGAUCAGUUAUGGAAUGAUAAGAUUAAACGGUGCAUAUUGGAGUGUCAGCUCUCGGUGCUUCUAAAUGGCUGUCUUUUUGGUUUUUUCUCAUCAUCAUGCAGUCUCUGA